GACUAUUUGAAACUCCCACGAAGGAUGCCAGCCUGUGUCCACUCCAUCUGUCAGGCUCCGUGAAACACGGCGAAUUGAACUCCAAAUCCAAAUUCACAUGUGAUGAAGUCACUUUAAUUUCCCAGCCAGCCGAGCACUGCUGCCAUGCCCACUGCGCAGAGGGCCUCUGCGGCAGAGAUGGAGAAAAUAAGGGUACGAAAUUCCUGGGUGCCAACCUGCCUAUGGCAACCUAGAAUUCUCCAGGGCAGGCUCGCAAAAUCUUCACCUACUCUCUGGGACAGUACUUUGCAAGAACAGAAGGGGGAAUUACGAAAACGUCUAUCAUACACUACCCAUAAGCUGGAAAUGCUUGAAACGGAAUUUGAUUCUACACGUCAGUAUCUUGAAAUAGAAUUGAGACGUGCUCAGGAGGAACUUGAGAAAGUAACUGAAAAACUGAGAAGGAUACAAAACAAUUACCUAGCCUUACAAAGAAUUAAUCAGGAUCUGGAAGAUAAACUUUACAGAAUGGGUCAACAUUACGAAGAAGAAAAGCGGGCUUUGAGCCAUGAAAUAAUUGCACUUAAUAAUCACUUAAUAGAGGCCAAGGUGACAAUAGAUAAGUUGUCAGAAGACAAUGAGCUCUAUAGGAAGGACUGCAAUUUAGCUGCUCAAUUGCUCCAGUGCAGCAAGAAUUACGACAGGGCACAUAAACUUUCUGAGAAAUGCACAGAGACUGUGGCCUUCACAUUAGUCAAAGAACCGUAUCUGUUGCCAUCUGACUUUCAGGAAAGAGUCAGCAUCCAUCUGGAAAAACAUGGGUGCAGCCUUUCUGUCCCCUUGUGCCACACGUCUUACGCUGAUACUAUACCCACCUGUGUCAUCGCCAAAGUACUGGAGAAACCAGAUCCAAACAGCUUGUCUUCGCACUUGUCAAGCCCCUCUACAAGGGAUCUCAAUUUUCAGGACUCUGCUGGAAAACUCGGGCAGAGGCCUCAGUACAAGUCAGACAUCUACUGCAGUGACACCGCCCUGUACUGCCCCGAGGAGAGGAGGAGGGAGAGAAGACCGAGUGUGGACACGCAAGUGAAAGAUGUGGGGUUCCUGCGGUCCCAGAACUCCACAGACAGUACUGUCGAAGAAGAUGGUUUCCAUUCCAGCUUCUCUCACGAAGCCUUCCCAGAGUACAUCACCUCUUUGCCGACCUCCAGCUCCUAUUCCAGCUUCAGUGUCACAUCUGAAGAGAAGGAGAAUGCACAAGCCAACACGAUGACAGCCUCCCAACAAGCGAUCUACAUGAGCAACCGAGAUGAAUUGUUUGAAAGAAAGUCACCUGCAGGUUAUGAGCAUCAGGGAAGUCCAAGGUUUGCCAAGUCAAAACCUGCGCAGCACAUGGAGCUUGCUGAUGACAACGAGAACUCCCCCACCUUUACUCGGACUCUGCCUCCUUAUGCAAAUGAACCUUUUCAUUUCUCAGCCAUAACACCACAGCAGGCUUUAGCGAAUCAGAAAAUGAGGAAUGAGUGCAGGAGCACCAACCUUUCAGAAGAAGACUUACCUGGGCGAUGGAGGCAGUUGAGUGUGGAGGACAUUGGUGCUUACUCUUAUAGAAACACUGGCAGGCUGUCACCCUGCAGCUUUUCAGAGCAGUAUUACAGCAGCCCUAUUAAAACAGGGGACAGUCGAACAAGUCCCAUAUAUGCUAGUUACAAAGCAGAUAGCUGCUCAGAGGGAGAUGAUAUCUGCCAAAGCAGACUUGUGGAUUCUUGCUUCCUGAGAACAGACAGUGGCUUGAACAUUGACAUCAGCACUAGCUGUAAACAGGACAAGUUGACCACUUACAAAACAAAAGAAUCAAGAGACCAAAAAAAUGAAAGGAUCACUGUCCAGUUAUGCAGUAGCAAAAACAUCGAAAAUAGCCCAGUGUUGAAAAGAGAAUAUGUGGACGUGAGCCCCAACAGCUCUGCAGAGUCCCUCAAUCACAGUUCGAUAGAGGCUUCAGAAAUCCACCAGUCUUCCAUGGAGCAAGGAAGCCAUUCGGGUAUUCACAGCAAACAGCAGCAGUUUCAGCGGACUGGGAGUACUGGUUUGAGUCGGAAGGACAGCCUUACAAAAGCACAACUAUAUGGAACCCUUCUGAAUUAGGCAUCUUCCAGAACUGCAAUAAGACCACAAGCAAAAGAAAGCAAACCGUGUUUGAUACUUCUUGUGAACGUAAGGUUCUCAGAAAUGGAUUAUAAAGUAUAUAUUCAUAAUGGUACUAUAUGUUUGAAAUGAAAUCUCUCCAAAAAUGUUAUACAGCACUUUUCACUUAACAUCCUUUCCACGUGGGAGACCGUCCCCUCCCCUCUUUUAUAAACCUGAAAUAUUUUUAUAAACAAAAAGGUAUUUAUUAGACUAUCCUAAGAUAUUUGAGCAGAAUUCUUUUCCCUUCAAGCAGGUUUCUUAUUUAUUUUUGUGCAUGAGGCCAUCUGUGCCUAAACUCCUGGAGGAAAAGGGUAAAAUCAUAAUGAUGGCAGUGAAAAAAAAAAAUCCACCUGAUAAAAUACCAUAAACUUCAUGGGAAAAAAAAAAAAAAAAAAACUAAACUAAAAAGAAUGGUGAAUUUGAAAAAGUAUAUUUUUAAAAAAGAAUGAAAUUGUAUCUUAAGUUAUUUCAUACAAAUGUAUUUAUGAGUGACUAAUGUAUGCACAAAGUGAUACCAAUAUUUUGCUCUUUUAAUCCACUGUGUUUCUGCUUUCCUAUUUUUCCUUGUAUACUACCUCAAAAGUAAUUGAGGGUUUCUUUGUCACAUUUUCCGUAGGCUUGCAUUUAUAUUGUCUAAAAUGCAUGCAGUGUCAUAAUUAAUACUGUAUUUUGCAUUACUUAAUAAAAGACACCGGUGGAGAUAU